CAUCGUCGUCAUCCAUUCUAUCAUCAUCCAUCAUCAUUAUUAUGUUGAUCAUGUUAAACGGGCCAAUGUCUUGAACAACUGCUCCCGAGCUAUUCUACUACAACAAACUCCCUCCAAAUCUCUCCAUUCCGCCUCUCCAACUAUUACCAUCAACCGCUCAACCAUCAAAACUACCAACAUGGACGCCGUUAAGAAGAACGUCAGCAAGUUUCUGUCCUCCUCGGGCAAGCACGACACAAGCGUGCACGAAGAAGUCGCCCCGGCCGUCACGCAAGAGAACGUCACCCGCACCCAGCACGACGAGACCCACAAAGCCGUUGACCGUGAGGUGCACCAAGACCACUACCACACCUCGGUGCAGCCCAUCCAGCACCAGGAGACGCUCGCCGAGCAGCACCACCACGUCACGGGCGAGGCUGAGAAGCGCCAUUUCGAGCAUGACAAUGACGCUGGCGUGAAGAGCCGUCUGGCCGAGGAGCGUGCCAAGUUCUCUGACACGCAGCGUCAGACGGAGGGCAAGCACACGAAGAGCGAUGCUCCUGUCGUCACGGGCGAGCACAAGCAUCACCACGUCUACGAGACUAUUCAGCCCGUCGUUCAAAAAGAAACCGUCGAGCCCCACGUCGUCCACACCACCGUCCCCGUGCACGAGGUCCACCACCAAGCCUCGCAGCACCACUCCGGCACCGCACUCCCCUCCAUGACCAUGGCGGAAUUCCAGAAGUCCGGCGGCUCGCUGACCGGCCGCGAGGCCCGUCACGAUCACUUCGCCGGCGAGCCGCGCCAGACAGACGACUUUGCCGGCGGCAAGGGCCGAAUGGAUCAGGCACGCCAACCGCAGGCUCAGGACACUGCCACUGGCGGCUCGGCCAAUCAGAUGGACAGGCCGCGCCAGCCGCAGGAUGGACAUGGGUAUGGCAACUCCAACCUCAUGGACAAGUCUCGUCAAUCGCAGGAGACAACUGGGAACAGCAAGCCCGGGAUGAUGGACAAGGUUAACCCCAGCAAGGAUGCGGAUGGGGAUGGCAAGGCGGGCUUCAUGUCCUAGGUGGUAGCCUUGGGCAGCUUUCGCAUCGAUUACUUCACGUGGUAUAUGUAGCUUAGAUAUCUCAAAAGUAGUGGCUUACCAUUGUUGCGUCGUCGUUGUAUGAUCAUGAC